AUGACAACCCCGAACGAUGCUGAUGAUCUCCGCCCACUGGAGCAGUCGCAAGACAGCUCCAACGAUGUAUCCGAACGUACCGAUGCCAUCGUAAAGCCCUCAGAGCGCGCAUCGGUACGCUUCUCAUCGAUAGUUGACGAAAUCGAUCCUCCAGUCUCGUCCUUCGGUGGUCCGGAAGCCCGAAGGGAGAGUUCUGCUACUCCUGAUAUAAUACGAGCUCUGACCAAUUCUAUCCAUGGCGCCCAGCUUCAAGAGCAGCGAUUGAUGAAUUAUUCGUUUGAUCCAGUCUCCCUUCCGCCUUCUAGGGUUGCGUCUAACGAGACUACUCCUGGCGCAACUCCGCAGCAUAGCCAUAGCCCCAUGGGCCAUCCGUCGCCCCGAUUGAGCCCUAAAGCUCCCGAGUUGGUAUCACCACCACUUACGCCCGCUGGGACUUCCGCAGCGGAAUCUUCUACGCGGAACUCGAAGUCCGUUCGAAUUGCCAGUUCUGAUGGCGGGUACGAUUCCCAGGCGAUAACACCACAAGCAUCGGGACAAGAUUCGAGACCAGUUUCGCCUCGAAUGGGCCUACCGCACCGACCUGCCUCCACCGACAACAUAUCUCAACGAUCGACUGCUGUAGACGAGCACGAUGGCGGUAUCCGCUCGCAUCGAAAGGGGAUUUUUAGCAUCGGGCCCGGAGGCCAAUCUCUACCUGUGUCUAGGGAAUCGAGUCCCUCGAGAAAUGCCGCAUCUCAGUAUUAUUCGCGACCCUUUACUCCUCAAGGGGAUAUCAAUGAUCCGUAUGCUGCAAGUAAACGACCGGUGCAGAACAAAGCAGGUGGCAGCAUUGACCAGCGAUUUGUCUUCUCUAGGAAGAAGAAACUUGGCUCCCCCUCUUCUUCAUCAACAAACCUGACGAGGACAGAUAAGCAAGAAAAAAGACACUCGGGACUUUUCUCAAAUAAGAAUAAGUCGGCUGAUCUUCACCCGACAGGAUCUGGCUCAACAACACAUAGUGCACACGGAUCUUCUAUGUCUGAUCUCAAGCGGUUUUUUAAAGUGGGCGUCAAUCACAAGCCCAAGAAGCCCGCAUCACCAUCUCCUUUGGGGUCUAAGCCAGCUUACCAGGUCCCAUUCGCCGAUGAUCACGGCCUCUCGUCCAAGUAUGGGAAGCUGGGCCGAGUGCUUGGAUCUGGCGCUGGAGGCUCUGUGAAACUUAUGAAGAGAACAGAAGACAAUACAGUAUUUGCGGUGAAAGAAUUCCGUCCUCGGCAUUCGUAUGAGACUGAAAAGGAAUAUGUGAAGAAAUUGACGGCUGAAUUCUGUAUCGGAUCUGCUUUACAUCAUGGCAACAUUAUUGAGACGCUCGACAUUGUCCAAGAGAAGGGAAAAUGGUACGAAGUCAUGGAAUACGCCCCAUACGAUCUUUUUGCCAUUGUUAUGACCGGGAAGAUGUCUAAGGCGGAGAUAACAUGCUGUUUUCUACAAAUACUAAGUGGGGUAACUUAUCUUCACAGUUCCGGUCUCGCCCAUCGGGAUUUGAAAUUGGAUAAUGUUGUCGUUAGCCAGCACGGUAUCAUGAAAAUCAUUGAUUUUGGUAGUGCUCAUGUUUUCAGGUAUCCUUUUGAGACGGAAAUCGUCCUUGCUUCUGGUGUUGUUGGAUCAGAUCCCUACCUUGCUCCAGAAGUUUAUGAUGAGCGCAAGUAUGACCCUCAGGCGGUGGAUAUCUGGUCCCUUGCGAUCAUCUUCUGCUGCAUGUCACUUAGAAGAUUCCCCUGGAAGGUCCCGCGCUUGUCGGAUAAUUCGUAUAAGCUUUUCGCAGCAGAUCCGUCUCCCGGUCACGAUCCCAAGAAGCUAAUCCAUCCUUCGAGAUCCACAAACGACCUCGCAAAUAUCCCACAACGUGACAUUUUUGUGGAAGACGAUACGAGGCAGCAAAGCCCUAAGGCGAGCGAGCCCUCUACCCCUAGUAGUAAUGGUACUGGCACCCAGGAAAAGAAAGAGGUCAUUAAGGGUCCGUGGCGUCUGUUGAGGCUACUUCCUAGGGAGAGUAGACAUAUCAUUGGGAGGAUGUUGACGAUCGAUCCCAAAAAACGCGCUCAAAUGCCUGAGAUACUUGAUGAACCUUGGGUUUCAGACACGGUUAUCUGCAGGCAGGUUGACCACGGACAAGUCAUCCAUGCGGACGAUCAUACACAUGUCCUUGAGCCGCCGGCACCACCAAGUAAGUAG